UCUGCUCCCGGGACUCAGAGUUGAAGGCUCCGCUCCCUACCGAGCAGCUCCGCGCGCGGCCCCGCGAGAGAGCCCGGCGCAACUACUUUCACCCCUUUCUUUCUUUCUUGUCUUUUUUCCCGGGCUGGGUGGCGGCGGCGGCGGGGUGGGGGAGACUUUGAUGCCCGAGCUCGCGUCCACCUUUCUCUACAUGUCGACGUCCCUGGAAACGGUCACACGGAUGCCAUGGUUACUUCUGCCACGGAACACCUGAAAAUCGAGGACCUUUCCCACCCCAGAUCUUGGGCCAGUUGUUGUCCAUGCCAAGCAGCUUCUGAUGCUGAGUUGACUCUUACAGGUGAACAAGGUGAUGUCCAUCUUGUUUUAUGUGAUAUUUCUCACUUAUCUCCGUGGCGUCCAAGGCAACAACAUGGAUCAAAGGAGUCUGCCUGAAGACUCGCUAAAUUCCCUGAUUAUUAAGCUGAUCCAGGCAGAUAUUUUGAAAAACAAGCUCUCCAAGCAGGUGGUGGAUGUUAAGGAAAACUACCAGAGCUCCCUGCCCAAAGCAGAGGCCGCCAGGAAGCCGGAGCAGGGAGAGCCGGCCAGGGUGGGGUUCCAGCCCGCAAUCGCGACGGACACUGACCUGCUGCGGCACCAGAGACGCUACCACUCCCCCCGGGUCCUGCUGAGCGACAGCACCCCCUUGGGGCCCCCUCCCCUAUAUCUCAUGGAGGAUUACGUGGGCAACCCCGUGGGGGCAAACAGAACGUCCCGGAGGAAGAGGUAUGCAGAGCACAAAAGUCACCGAGGGGAAUACUCAGUAUGUGACAGCGAGAGUCUGUGGGUGACCGACAAGUCAUCGGCCAUCGACAUUCGGGGACACCAGGUCACGGUGCUGGGGGAGAUCAAAACCGGCAACUCUCCUGUCAAACAAUAUUUUUAUGAGACAAGAUGUAAAGAAGCCAGGCCUGUCAAAAACGGUUGCAGGGGGAUUGAUGAUAAACACUGGAACUCUCAGUGCAAAACGUCCCAAACCUACGUCCGAGCACUAACAUCAGAAAACAAUAAACUCGUAGGCUGGCGAUGGAUACGGAUAGACACCUCCUGUGUGUGUGCCUUGUCGAGAAAAAUCGGAAGAACAUAAAUUGGCAUCUCUCCCCAUAUAUAAAUUAUUACGUUAAAUUAUAUGAUAUGCAUGUAGCAUAUAAAUGUUUAUAUUGUUUUUAUAUAUUAUAAGUUGACCUUUAUUUAUUAAACUUCAGCAACCCUACAGUAUAUAAGCUUUUUUCUCAAUAAAAUCAGUGUGCUUGCCUUCCCUCAGGCCUCUCCCAUCUGUUAAACCUUAUUUUGUGACCCGGCUCUCAGGAGCUGCUCUGUAAAAUCUGUGUACACCAGUAUUUGCGUUCAGUAUUGUCAAGGCCAUGACUGUCGUUUUAGUAAACUUGUU